AUGGAUAGCGCUAUCCUUGGUGAACUUGAGCUCGAGUUUGCGCCCAAUCAGAACUUUGAAAAUGUGGUUCGGCUAGGAAAGGAGGAACUGCUGCGUUUCUACAAGGAGAGUGAUUGUUCAAUGCUACCUUGUGGGAAAGCUGAGAAGGUUAAGCACAGAGCGCUGGACCCCAACACGCGUCUUUUGUCGCUGGAUGUUGGUGGAUCAGUUUUGAAAAUGGCCAUUGUUUCACCGACGGUUUUUGAUGUCGUUUUCUCGAGAACAAAACCUCUCUCCGCCGGCACAGUAGACGAAUCCUUUUUUGCUAACAUUGCUGAAUGGAGUUGCGUACAAGCGAGGAAAUAUGCUGAGGAGAAUUGUAUACCAGAAAAGGAUUUGUCAUUUUUGGUGGGUGUGACUUUCAGCUUUCCGUUGACUCCAAACAACGAGCUGAUCACCAUGAGCAAGGGAUUCGAUAUCGCUACAGAAUUGAAAGGUGUAAACUUAUUACAAUUAUUGCGCCGACAGUUCAGCAACAUUCAAAUGGAUUGUGCCUUUAGUGUUCGUGGGAUCAUCAACGAUAGUGUAGCCGUUUAUCUCACGAAUAGCGCUUAUGGCGCGGGAGACGAUUUCACUUUGAUCGUCGGCACGGGCACCAACGCCUGUCUUUCUUUGAAUAGCGCUGACGAAAGCAUACUCAUUAACGCUGAACUUGGGUUCCUCGGGAAGGACUUCAUACGUUUCUCGAAAUUCGAUCUUUUUGACAGCACUGCUGGUCCGAACCUACCACUUGAGCGCGUAACUGCCGGGAAAUGCGUUCCUCAAGUGUUGAAAAGAGUCUUGGAUUAUUACAAGGUCCCAGUAAGCUCCCAUUGCGAGUUCAAUGGCAAGCUUCUGAGCAACAUAUUAGAGGAGAAGGACUGUCAUUAUUUCGGUACGCGGUACGCCUUAGUCAAGGAAAUCACCAAAAUUCUGUUGCGCCGCGCUUCUUUCUAUCUUUCUGCGGCGUUAAUGAGCAUAGCUCAUCUUACGGGUAAAGCAAAUCUGUCGAAGGUUAGAGUAGGGUUUGUGGGGUCUUUUUUGGCGAACAUUACCUUCUACCAGGAAAUGACUCAAAAGUUUGCUGGUGGGAAGAUACAGCUUCAUUAUUUAAGGGCAAGUCACUUGAAAGGAGCUGCUAUCCAUACUUACAAUUCGCUGUGA